GUAAGGAGAUAUGUCCGCAAGGGAAUUCCUGCAGACUUGCGUGGUCGGGUCUGGUUUCAUUACAGUGGAGCAGAGGCCAAGUUGGAUUCUAAUCUGGGGGUCUAUGAACGCUUCCUAGCUAAAGCUAAAGAGCUUGGUAGUAGAAACGAGUUUGCAGAUAUUAUUGAACGCGACUUGCAUCGCACGUUUCCCGAAAACGUCCAAUUCAGGACGUCUGUAGCUGAUGGACAGCAGCUUGCGUCUACAGACAACGUGCCAGUUAUCUCCGCUCUUCGCCGCGUGCUGCUAGCAUUUUCGAUCUAUUGCCCGUCCGUUGGUUAUUGUCAGUCUCUUAAUUUCGUAGUUGGGAUGUUACUGUUAUUCAUGAAAGAAGAAGAAGCAUUUUGGACUUUGGUCACAAUUGUUCAAAAUAUUCUUCCGGCUGGCGUCUACGAUGUAACAAUGGAAGGGUCCAACCUAGAUCAAAAUGUAUUGAUGAUGCUCCUUUGGGAGAGAAUGCCUCACUUAUGGGGUACAAUGUGUGACAAAUCUUUCUGGGAGUCAGAGGCUGACGGUGUAUCCAUGCCGACUAUUACACUUGUCACAAGCCAUUGGUUCCUGACUUUAUUCAUCAAUAUUCUACCUACAGAGACGCUACUUCGUGUGUGGGAUUGCUUUUUCUAUGAGGGUGCUAAUAUUCUAUUCAGAAUAGCUUUGACGCUUUUCAAGAUGAGUGAGCACAUGGUAAUGCCUCUUGGAGAUUCCUUAGAAAUAUUCCAAGUUAUACAGGUAAUAUAUUUCACUAUUUAA